UUGAAUUCUAACAAGGACAAAUAACGCCUUGACCAUGGCCAACACCACUGUCCGCGGCGCAGAAGCCAUCCAUGGCCAGAACCCGCAGUACUUAGUCGAAACCGUAAUCCGGAACCGUAUCUAUGAGUCGCCAUAUUGGAAGGAGCAUUGCUUCGCCCUUACAGCGGAGUCUCUCAUUGACAAAGCUAUAGAGCUCAAGUGCAUAGGUGGCGUGUAUGGCAACCAGAAACCAACCGAGUUUCUCUGCCUACUAUUGAAGCUACUGCAGCUCCAACCGCAGAAAGAGAUUCUCUUGGAGUACCUUCAAGCCGAUGAAUUCAAGUACCUACGAGCGUUGGCAACUAUGUAUAUACGCAUGGCCUUCAGAUCGGUUGAGGUAUAUGAGAUUCUCGAGCCGUUACUGAAGGAUUACCGGAAAUUGCGAUAUCGUGGAAUGAAUGGCUACUCGCUCACAUUCAUGGACGAAUUUGUGGACAACCUCUUGGUAGAAGAACGAGUGUGCGACAUCAUCUUGCCACGCCUUACGAAGCGAGAUGUUCUAGAAGAUAACGGCGAAAUGGGCCCACGCCAAAGUCGUCUGUUGGACGCAAUGGAGGGCAAGAGCGAGCACGGAAGCGACCGGAGUCGAAGCUCGAGCAGCAGUCCGAGUCGCAGCCCCGACCGCAGGAGCAGCCGUAGCCGGGGGCGCAAUCCAAGCAAGGGGGGCAGUCUCAGCCCGGAUGCCAGACCUCCGUCUCCAAUGGGCUCUGGCUUCCGUUCCCGAACACCAUCGAGGUCGAGGUCUGGAUCAAGAUCGCCUUACCGCUCUCGUAGUCGGAGCAUCUCGCCUGACCGUCUCAAUGGCGGUAGCCCUCGGUAUCGUUCGCGUAGUCGUAGUAUAUCCCCCGAUAAAAUGGAAGGGUGAUUAUAGCCAUGGAGCUCUAAGUAGGUACGCAGCGAAGAUGCCAAAUGGGACCAGGAU